AUGAGUAUAGAUUUGUGCACAGCUGGUAGAAUAUAUCUAACCAUCUACUUUGCUAGCAGCGACGAGUGUCCGUGUUUCUGUCCAUGGGGUUUUCGUGCCUCCGUACUCUUUCGAUGGGUGUAUACACACCGGUAUAUGUCUGUUUGCGGAGCUGUGGGGAGUGAGCAAUCGUUCCCUGUGGUAAAAAAAAGAGUUAAACCCUUUUCUGAAGCUCUUUGGCGUCAGGCAUGGAGGCCUUUGGAUAUUGUGCUAGCCAACCGACCAUCAAGCCGUAUACCAAGUAAGCCAGACCUACACGGACGUUUCGUUUCCGUCGUAGAGAAGUUUCCAGGCCAGACCUACGAGUGGUAUUGCGCGAAUGCGCUCGUACUGUGUCUUCAGUGGUUCGCUGCUGAUUACAUAGCAAUUUUUCGAAGUUGCACAAGUGUCUGGCAAGGCGGUUUUAGUGUGCGCGAUGCGACUUUAGUCGAUACUCUAGAGAGUGUAGCUUGCUGGAAGUCCUAUGAUGAUCUAGGAGUUUCGUUCCUAGAUUGUCCCCCUUCGUAUAUACUAGACCUACAGGAGACGUACGCACGCACGUUCUUUUGUAUCGUGUCUACAGUCUUUGUUACUGUAGCACUGGCGAUUCUUGCGAUUGCGAACGGCACUUUGUGCUCUAGUAUGUCUAGCCGAGUUGGUUCUUGUGUGCGCGAUGCGGUUGCGGUGUCAGCCGAUACUCUAGAGAAAGCUAGCUGGUUGAGAUUCUGUCUCCGAGGAAAUACUGGCGUCAAAAGUUCCCAGAUGGGACCCCAUUUCUUUCUAGACCUACAAGGGGACAUUGCACGGAAUGCACCUUUGUACAUUGCAAGUAUUUAUACUUGCGCCAAGUGUCUAGCAGAGCUAGUUUGUCGUGCGUUUGAUGCAGUUGCGGUUGCCAACUCGUACUUCAGAGAAAGAUGGUUAGUUGAGAGGGUGUAG